AUGUUACUCCUCGAGUUCUCGAGCGAGUAUGAUCCGCUGGACAAAUUUGUCUCGCGACAUGACGAAUUGAGACGCCGCUGUGUCUGCUCGGGGAAGCCGAUGCAAUCAGUUGAUGAAGCUCGAAACGUUCGGCUUGCUAUGCACAACACACAAUGGCCGGUUGCAAAUCCGAAAACUUUAUCCGUACAGUUUGACACGAAAGAGAAUUUAGAAAGGCAUCGAACUGGAACUUCGUCUGCUGCCUCUUUGUCAGCAUCUGCACCCUCGACACGCAUUGAACGAAAACUGUCUGAUCGUGAAAGACCGGUUAUUGGACAGCUCCCAGGACGUAAUCCUAGUUUGAAGAUCACGGUUGAAGCAGCAGUUCGAGAAAAUGAAAAGCGGGAGGAGACUAAAGAGCGGGAAAGAAGAGAACGUGCCCGUGCCGAAAAACAUGCUGAAAGUCGUCGAGAUAAAGAUAAAGAAGAUAAAAGCGAAAGAGUUGAAGAAAGGAGGCAUGGCGAAGAGAAGCAUGCAUCUAAAAAGGACGAUCAUGGCAGGAAGCGGCAACGUUCUGAAACUCCGCCGUUUAGCCGUGCAGCAUUAGAGAAACGUGAACGACGAGAUGUCCUGCCCCCACACGAUCGUGAAAAGGAACAUGAUCGCGAUCCUUGUCGCGACCGCGACUGCGACCGGGAUCACAGUAGAAGGCGUAGUAAUGAAGAUAGAGCUAGAGAUCGGCAUCAAGAUACAGAAAAAGAGAAGGAGCGGGAAGAGAAACCGGUGAAAACAGCAGAUCAGUUGUUCAUGAAGACUAAAACAUUGCCUGCUAUCUACUUUCUGCCUUUGACUGACGAAGAGGCUCAAGAACGACAGGAAAAGAUACUGGCGGAGAAGAGGAAGCGUGAGCAAAAGGAGUUGGAACGCGAAAAGGAGCGGGAAAAGGAGAAAUCUCGUCAUUGA